AUGUACACCACACUCUCGCUCUUGACCAUGGCUGCCACCGUCUCGGCAGCCGUUCAGGGCUUCAACUAUGGUUCUACCUUUACCGACUCGUCUGCCAAGCAAGAGAAGGACUUUGAGAAUGAGUUCACCACAGCACAAGGUCUAGUUGGUGCUUCAGGCUUCACCAGCGCUCGACUUUACACCAUGGUGCAAGCUGGCACUGCCAACGAUCCCAUCUCAGCCAUCCAGGCCGCCAUCAACACCAAGACGUCGCUGUUGCUGGGUCUCUGGGCUUCGGGUGGUGAGACGGCGUUCCAGAGCGAAUUAACUGCCUUGACCCGUGCUAUCGAACAGUACGGAACCGCCUUUACCAGCAUUGUCGAUGGAAUUUCUGUCGGAAGUGAGGAUCUCUACCGCAACAGCCCUCAGGGUAUUGCUGCCGGUUCAUAUGUUGGUGCCGACCCUGACACCAUUGUCGACUACAUCAACCAGGUCCGCGACGCCAUCAAGGACACCAGCCUCUCUGGUGCUCAGAUUGGCCAUGUUGAUACCUGGACCGCCUGGGUGAACGGCUCCAACAGCGCGGUCUCGGAUGCUGUAGACUGGGUUGGCGUUGAUGCGUACCCAUACUUUCAAGACACCAUGGUCAACGAUAUUGGCCAGGGCGGCUCGCUUUUUGACUCGGCAGUGGGUCAGACAAAGAGUGCUGUGGGCGGCAAGCCUGUUUGGGUAACCGAGACUGGAUGGCCUGUUAGUGGCAAGACCGCUGGUCAAGCCGAGCCGUCCCUCGAGAACGCCAAGGCCUAUUGGGACGAUGUUGGCUGCCAGAAGCUAUUUGGCAAGGUCAACACCUGGUGGUACACUCUCCAAGAUGCCGCUCCCACGGAGCCCAACCCAUCUUUCGGUAUUGUCGGCUCGACUCUGGGCACCACUCCUCUGUACGACCUUAGCUGUGAUAACAUCACCUCGCCCUCGUCUUCCUCGUCUUCGGAAGUCUCGUCAAAGACGGUUUCUGGAACUGCAGGCUCGUCUGCCACCGGCUCGUCUGAUUCACAGCCAACCGACUCUGCUGGAGGAGACACCUCGGGAUCACCUGGCGCUGGUGGAAUUCAGAGCUCUCAAAUCUCUAUUGAAGCUUCAGCUACUGGAACCAACUCUGGCUCUUCCCCCGAGGCCACUUCUUCUGGAUCUGGCACCGGAUCUGGCUCUUCUGGUUCCAGCUCGGGCUCGGGCUCGGGAGCUGGAACGGGAUCUGGAUCUGGUGGUAAUGGCACCACGCCCAACUCUGGCAGCUCGUCCACAAGCACUAGUGUUCCGAUUAGUUCCGGGUCUAGCUUGGAGUCGUUCGGUGCUGCCUUUGUCGCCAUCUUGAUGACAAUCAUGGCUCUAUGA